GUCUUGUUACAAUUGAUUGCGAGAUGGCGCCCAGCAGAUCUAAUCGACCACGAGCAGCGAGCUCCUUCGGAUAUGUACCACAUACGCACAAGAGGGAUCAGGAUGUCCACAUCGAUAUGCAGUACGCCAAACACAGCGUCCAUGAUCCUCUACAAUUUGCGAACGAGCCAUGGAACCAUUGUGAAAACCACACGAAUUGCUACCUUGGACUGAGAUUCGAUAGACGUGAUGAAUUCAAAGAGGAAUUGAAAAAGAUGGACGAUGAAUUUAAGAGACAGCUCCAAGUUGCGGAGGACAAGGGACCAGACGAUAACGACGUUGAUGAAUUCCAACACAUGUUGAAGGAAAUGCGGGAGUCGAAUAAGGGGAAGAAAUUGGAGCGGGUGAUACACGAAGAGAAACGAAUCAAGCAGACUCGAGUCAACUUUGCCUCCUAUCCCGGAAAGCGGCAGAUGAUGGAGCGUCUAAAGGCGGCGAAGAAGGCCUGGAAAGAAGAGGUGAAAGAAAAGCGGGAAGAAUAUGUGAAGAGGGUCAAGAAACAACACCAGGCCGGUCAACACCCCAAGUAUCCCGAGAGAUGGAAUCGCGAUCAGAAACUGGAUCUCGAACUGCUUGAGCGUGUCAAAGACUGGAACGUGGAAGACGAACCGGAGGACGAUACUAUCAAGCCGAAGCCCGAGAAUGAAUAUGGAUUCAAAGCGUGCGCAAUCUAUUUCAAGAAGUCGGAUGAUGGAUGGCAACCGGAUACACAUAACCAUCCGAAAUUCAAAGAUGGAAAGUUUCCGAACCAAAAGAUAUCAGUUCAUGACUUGAUACAGCCUUCGUCGGGCGCCUACAUGAAUCCGUUGAGCGAACCUUGCGGUGAGGAUCGGUUGCGGUACUUUCAUUUUCCUUCGAACAAUAUGCGCUGGAUUGAGGAAGCAAUGGCACGAUACUACGACGAGGAUUCUGGCAACCAUAGCGAUACUCAGGUGCAUAGCAAGAAAUCGUCAAAAGCGGAGAAACUCCUGUCGAGAGAGUAUUGGCGAGGCCAGUUACAUGGUGGCGCUGGAGUUACGGGAAAUAGCAUCGCUGGUCCGGUGCAUGCUAGGCAUAUGAGGUCCAGGUGUUCUCUCAUUCCCCUAGCCACUUCAUCCGGCGCCUGGACACAACGAGGGCGCACUCCCAAAGCUGCCUCUUCCCCCAGUAAUCCCCUGGCACAGCCUCCCAGGGUCAAGGCCAAGAAUUUUGCCAUAUUUCUCCCGUAUCUCCACUGGGAGACAAACAGUCGCAGAGCUAAAAUGGCUCAAGUCAUCAAGGAAGUCACGAAAGAGCUCCAAGCGAAAAAGGCCCAAGAAGAGCGGAGAUUGACUACUAUCCCACGCGAAGAGACGCAAGAAAAGCCAGAAAGAGGAUGUCUACUUUGGAGGAAAGACCGGAAGGCCGAGGAGAAACUCAAGAAAGAGAUAGAGGCGGACGGUAAAGGCGACCAAACUGGGACUGAGAAGAAGGGUAUGUUUGAUGUGGUGACGAAAUGGAAAAGUGCAAAGAACGGAAAGAGCUUGAUAAGGAAGAAGAGAUGCAAGCUCGGAAGAUACUUGUUGGCACUCGCUCAAGUGGCCGACGCCAUGGACUACGAAGCGGAUGAAAGGUUGUUACGAGAAAACCUCCAUCAUAACCCUCCGCUGCACAUUCGAAGAACUCUGGAUCAAUCGUACUUCCUGACCCUCGAAGACACAUCCGUUCGCGACAAGGAUCAAGUCGUUUACAGGGAGACAAGAGAAGGUCGGAGUUUCCACACACGCAAUACCAGGGUCGUGAUGGUAGAUCAACUGUGGCUCUGGAUACUCGACGGCAACACAAUCAUCACUUCCUUUCCUCGGCGCUGGGGAAGAAACAAGCCUGAUCCUUCUGGGGUGCACAAAUCGCUUCGUGAACGAUUGGAAAGCACUCCCGAGGAAGAAAUCCAAUCAGUGUACGACCUGGCUUUGGUCAUCAUUGAUCAGUGCUCCCGCGUCUUCUUCGAUCGCACUAAGCCUCUGGAUCAAAGACCAGAAGUCAUGGAUCUCUUUGCCUCGGCAAUUGGCAGCGUGACUGAACACACAACCAUCGCGUAUGAGUCUUUCUGGCGCAACAUGGAGAUCCGGAGUAUGAAAAUCGCCCAAAAUGGAACUAACGGCUCUGCGAAGCACUCUUACCUGGACAUCAAUCCCGAAGGGACACUGUUGCGCGAGUCCCAAGACGUGGCUGAGGAAUUGCAGAUCAUGCUGAAAAUUUACAAUCAACAACUGCAUGUCGUUCGCGACUUCCGAAAAAUCCUCGGCCACAUGAACGGAGAGUCUAAAAACGAGACUGACGAAGUUCGAACCCUGAUCAAGCUCCUACGGCAGAAUCCAAGUCUGGCAGGAGACCGAUCUAAGCCGGCCUUGCAUCAAGAAGUUGCUCUGCCUGUUCCUGAAAGUACAAUUCAGGAGGCAAACGAUUUACUCGAACUGAUUCGCAACCGCAAAGCAGAGAUCCAAGACCUGGAGGAAGCUGCUCUCCAAAGAACACAGCAGCUCCAAGGCUUACUUUUACUGAAGCAGCAACAGGCGAGUAUCAUCGAAGCGAAAGCCGCACUCGCGAGAGCAGACGAAAGUGUCAAACAAGGACGUGCCAUAAUGGCCUUUACCAUCGUGACCAUCUUCUUCCUUCCACUUGGAUUCACCGCCGCCUUCUUCGGCAUGAACAACGAGCAAAUCAACCAAGCAUCCUGGAUGACCCUGAACCAACAAAUGAAAUGGAUGUUCAGCGUCUCCACCGCUGUAAUCGUCGUAUCAAUCUCCAUCGCCUUCUCUCCCUGGACACGCGCCACCCUUACCGCAUUUGUCAAAAUCCCUAUCAUAUUCGUUCUAGAAUAUACGGGUUUAAGAGCGCUUUGGAAAUAUUAUAUAGUGGGACAUGGGUAUUUUGAAGAGAAGAAUAGGGAGAGGAUAGACUGGAUUCAUGGACAUAGGAAGAGAAAGGAAGGGAGGGAGGCUGCCGCUAAAAAGAAAGCUAUGGAAGAGGAUAAGGAUGAGAGAGCUACACACAAGUUAGUGGCUAUGUUUUUGCACGGAGAGAAGGAGCCGAAGGAGCCGAAGGCAAAGCAGGUAAGUUGGAAGAGGCCGAGUCUUAAAGUCGUUAAUGUUGGGGACAUGAUUGGCAGCAGGGCUUUGAAAGAGGAGGGGGAGGAUAUUGAGAAGGGACAUGGGACGAUUAUGGAGGAUGAAGGAUGAGUUUGGCGAAUGAUACCCCUUUAUUUGAUACGCAAAUGAUACGCAUGCCGCCAUUUCCAGGUCUUUCUUUCAUCGUUUCUAAACUUUUAAUUGUAUUGUUGUUGCGAUCGCAUUGUUUGGUCAGUGUUGGAAAUUUGCAGCCUUGGACAGCCUAGGGGUGAAGGGGUGGAUUCUGUCAAGGCGUUGCGAGAGCUGAUCAACAACUUCAAUGCAGCAAUUCGAGACAUCCGAGUGACGGACAAUCUCGCAUCGAGUCACCAGGAGAUACAGCUCUUUGAAAAACAAUUUCAACCAGAAUUUGGGAUGCGAAGUUCAGCAGAUUGAUGCUUGACAUGCUGUCUUCAGUAGUGAGUGAGAACAAAGCGUCCUCCACAGAGCAUACACACAGCG